AUGUCUCAACAACAGCAGCAAGAUCAGCAAUAUUAUCCUCCAAUGGACUUUUCUCAGAACGAUGGUUAUAGUGUGAUGCAUUCAUUUCCCUUUAUUAAUGAUGGCCCCAAACCAAACUAUCGUCAUAGCUAUCAUCCUUCUACAUCACACCAACAGCAACAACAAUUUCCACAAAAAGAGCCUUUGCAAGCGCCCAUCGAUAAACCCAAGCUUACAAAGCAAGUGCCUCCUGGCGUCAUUCACAUCAAGCCUACAUGGAAGCCUGUCAAAUUAGAUGAAAAGCCUCCAUUCUCCUACGCUACCAUCAUUGCCCAUGCUAUCCUGUCUAGUGAAAACCGUAAAUUGACACUGAGUGAAAUCUACCAAUGGAUCUCUGAACAGUAUCCUUGCUAUAGCAUGAAGGAUCACAGAUGGCAGAACUCCAUUAGACAUAAUCUGUCUUUACAAAAGGCAUUUGUCAAACUGGAGCGCGAUGCCAACACACCAUCUGGUAAAGGAUGCUUUUGGACCAUCUUGCCUGGCUAUGAACAGCAAUUUAUUGAUAAUCUGGUGAAAAGAGGCAUGGGUAGUGCAGCUGGAAGCUCAAACAAUAGAAAGCAUGCGACUAGUCUUAGCAGUACUUCGACUAGCAAGCAGUUCCGCAAAUUCAUUGAUGCUUCUGUCAACAAGUCAAAUGCUCCAUUGUUUACCAUCUUUCGUAUGAAUCCCACUACCACCGUAUCUGCUUCUGCAACUUCAAGCCCUUCUAGUAAACGCAAGAAGAUCUCUUAUAAUAAGAAGGCGGAUGUCAAGCAACAGGAUGAACCAGAUUUGCAGUAUGAUUCAGACUGUGAUAGUGGUGUCGAUCUAGGCUGUGAAACUCAUCCUACAAAGACGCAAAGGCCAGCCUCUAUGUAUGCGCAAGUCCCAUCUAAAUCUGCCUCUUUGGCUCCUCCUCCUCCUUCCAUGUCUCUUCACCAAACGCAACAAACCUACAACUCCUUACUGAUGGAGAACUCCAUGUUUAUUCCGGAUGAACUCUUUGUCUCUCAGCAACCCAAUGCCAUGAUGUCUACUGCUUCAGAUGACAACAUCUCUUACUUUGACAAUGUCUCAACACCGUCAUCUAUCAUCAUGGAUCAGCAUUUAUUCAGUAAUGACCCUUCUCUGGACAAUUGGGCACAAUCAGCACAGCAAACUCCCAUGUUUGACUUCCAGCCUCAAUCGCAGUUUUUACCCGCACAAGCUACCCCUUGUUACGAUCCUUCUGUCGCAAGCUUUGCCUCACUUGGUGCUGAUAGCAAUCAAAGCGACUAUUUGCUACAGCAGCCUUAUCAGCCAUUUCAAGAUUAUUACUUGUAUAAUGACUUUUGCUAA